GCAACCUUCGCCUGUCUUUCUGCCCAACGCUGCCCAACAUCAACCACUACUUCUCCCUCUCUCCUCCAGUGGACAGCUUCCCUACUCCGCAACGAUCAUCCGCGUCGUUUGUGUUGCUAUAACACCUUCACACACACACGACAACAAACAAACUUGGCUCUUCCUGUAGCCUCGUAUCGGACUUUCCAGGAUGACAUUUCGCAGCCGCGAGGAUCAAUUGGCCGCCAGUGAGGAGAUUCACUCCUUCCACCAGCCCGGAUCCGUUCUGUUUGCACAGCCCACAGAGGUCAAUAACUGGUGCCACUCCAUAUAUCCGGAAGCCUAUCCAUUGACUCCACCGGACACUGCCUCGGACUGUGCCUCUUCGGAUUGCCCAGACAUGUACGACUCAUCAUGGAGCCAGGCUUCAAUGCCAGAGGAGUCGUGGACUUCAGGACCUUCCGCGGACCACAGCACACUUCCAAAGGCCGCCAGCCGCCAAUGGCCCACAUAUAGUGCCGCGCCCAGCUGCCAGGAUUCCCAAGCCCUGAACGACGCCUCGUCGUGGGCUCAAUUUGGCCAAGGAGCUGUAGAUAUGGGCUUGUCGCCUGCUCUGAGCCAUGAGAGCCAGACUGUGCACAGCCUUACACACGUGCCCGAGACGGACUUCCCAUUGCUGCCGCCCGGCUUGGAUUUGUCCUUCAUUGGAGAGCCCACAAAUUGGUCCACAUCCGGCCCCGUUGUCUUUACAGCUGGCCCUCAGGAUAUGUCCACUGCCAGCAUGGUUUCAUCCCCGGCUUCCAUUCCAGCAGGUCCACAGAUGAGCGCGUACUAUCCUGCCUUUAGCGGACCGCAGCCUGCGAUGUAUGGCCCAACUCAGUCCAUGGUUCACUAUUCAGAGGCUCCUGCUUCGCAUUUCCAAAGGAGGACUGUGUCUGAUCCAUCCGGCUCUCCGCCUCGACGAUUGCUGCCACGCACGGAUGCUCCGGUGACCGUUACCUACCACUCUGCUCAACAGCCACGAUCACAUGUGUCUGGCAUGGUUGCACACGGCGAUCCGAGAGUAAGUAACUCUGCCAGCUUGGCCAAGGACUUCCAUGGCCACGGUCUGCCAACUCCUCCCCCACGUCCGGAGACGUCUUCGCCAGGCAUGAUUUCGGGUCCAUCCUUUGUGUCCACCCAUGGUAGUGAGGAAUUCGGUGGCUUCGUCCGGUAUGAGCAGGAGCAACAAGUACCUGCGGUGCAGAUGAGCUUCGUUCAACCUGGUCGCCCAGUGCCCGCGCACUUACCCGUGCACCACCAGGAAUUGACACCGGCCUUGUCGAGGUCUGACUCGACCCACUCUGUCCCACAUAAGGCCAAUUCCUCCACUGGUAGCGUGACUGGCGAAGGAGACGAGGGACGCCACAGGAACCAUCCACUAUACUCCAAGGGACCCGAGGCCGAUGGAUUGUACCACUGUCCUUAUGCCAGCGACCCUAACUGCCAGCACAAGCCCACAAAGCUCAAGUGCAACUACGACAAGUUCAUCGACUCCCACCUGAAGCCUUUCCGCUGCAAGGUUGAGUCCUGCUCCAAGCAAGAGUUCUCAUCCACGGCAUGCCUGCUGAGGCACGAAAGAGAGGCACACGGUAUGCACGGACACGGAGAGCGGCCCCAUCUCUGUUUCUAUCCCGGUUGCGAGCGAGGCAUUCCUGGCAAUGGCUUCCCAAGGCGUUACAACCUCUUCGACCACAUGAAGCGUGUCCACGACCACAAGGAGGAGCCACAGCAGGAGCGUGCCGCGGAUAAUGGAGCCCGCAAGCCAAUGAGCCGCAAGAGGAAGGCCAGUCCCUCUGAGGAGCCAGUUGCCAGGAGGCAGAAGAUGCAAUUCGUCUCUGGCCCAGCCAUGUCUAUGCCCCAGGAAGUGUACCCAAUGCAGGUUCCUGUCUACCCCGAGCAGAUGCAUCCUCAGGACCAGGGAAAUAUGUACUCCAUGAUGGGAAGGCCAGCCUGGAGUGAGUGAGGUGACAAAUAUCAUGGAUCCUGCGCGGCUUUUCGUAGAAAGUUGCUGAGCGGAAUCCCGGAAUUGCCUACAGUACAUUGAUUGAUUGAAGCAAGUCAUCAGUACAAAAGUCCACCUCGAGGUUGGCCUCCAAGGACUGAUUUAGCUCUCCACCGAGCCAUACUGGCCAUUUGGAUCAAGGAGCCCGGCUGAGGCCUAUGCACCAGCCACCUGGUUGCCACGCCCUGGGAGAUCAUGUUUACCGGAUGCUUGCUCUACAAGAGCUUGCUGUGACUCGUCAGUACAUGUUCACUGCCUUGUCGCCGGACAUGAUUCUACCAGUGCCAAGUUCUUAUCACCAGGGUCGCGGAGAUGGAGGGUUCGAGGACUGUUGAGAGAAGCCGAAAGGCUGCAGGAGGGAUGUGGGCCGCUUCAAGGCGAUUUGUGUUGGAUAACAUACAUGCGUUGACAAUAUUUGAAAGGAGUUAAACGGAGUUGAUGUUGUACAUAUUUAAUAUUUCACGGAAGAAAAAGCUACUCCCUGAUCAUGUUUGACAACC